AUAUAAGGCAUCUUCAUCGUCUCAAAAGAUCUACUUCAUUUUCAGUCUAGAAGAAGGAAGAGGGCAGAAGAAAAGGCUAUUCGAUGGAGUCAACUUCAUCCUCCGAGUCCAAUCUCGCCACGGCCAAGGCGGUGCUCUCGGCCGCCGCAUCCGUCACGGCCACCGUGAUGCUCGCUCGCUCCAUCACCCAGGACCUGCUCCCCGAAGACCUCAGGUACUACUUCUCCUCCGCCCUCCAGGGCUUCCUCGCCCGCUUCUCCUCCCAGCUCACCCUCGUCAUCAAGGAGUACGACGGUCUGGUCAGCAACCAGAUCUACGAUGCCGCACAGACCUACCUGUCCGCCAAGACCUCCCCCACCACACGCCGUCUGCGGGUCGCAAAGCCCGAAGGCGAGGACAACCUCAACGUUUCGAUGGAGCCGUGGGAAGAGAUCGUUGACAUGUUCGACGGCGUCAAGCUCAGGUGGGUCAUGGCCUCGAGGAGGGUCGAGACUAGUGUCGGAGCCAACCAAGGGUGGUGGAUGAUGGAGGGCCCGGUUGCCAUGGAGUCCGAAACCCGGUACUUCGAGCUCAGCUUCCACAAGAGGCACAAGGACAUGGUCAUGGGCACGUACCUGCCCCACGUGGUGGAGGAGGCCAAGUUGAUGAAGCAGGAAAAGAAGACGCUGAAGCUGUUCACGCCGUGCUGGGAGAACAUUUAUCACGACAGCCUCUCCGAUGCGUGGACCCCGGUUAACCUCGACCACCCUGCGACGUUCGAGACGCUCGCAAUGGAGGCGGGGACCAAGGAGUUCAUCAUGGAGGACUUGAUGAGGUUCGUCAAGAGGAGAGAGUUCUACAGGAAAGUAGGCAAGGCGUGGAAGAGGGGGUACUUGCUGUACGGACCGCCAGGGACGGGGAAGUCGAGCCUGAUUGCGGCAAUGGCGAAUUACUUGAAGUUCGAUAUUUACGACCUCGAGCUGACGGAGCUGACCCGGAACUCGGAGCUGAGGAAGCUGCUGGUGGCAACGGCGAACCGGUCGAUCUUGGUGGUGGAGGACAUUGACUGCACCAUCGAGUUCCACGACCGCAUGGCUGAGGCCCGGGCGGCGUACCCCGCACCCCAAGGCAAGCAGGGGAACCAGGUCACAUUGUCAGGCUUCCUCAAUUUCAUCGACGGACUCUGGUCGAGUUGUGGUGAUGAGAGGAUUAUAGUAUUCACCACGAAUCACAAAGAAAAGCUUGACCCGGCACUUCUUCGGCCGGGCCGUAUGGACGUCCAUGUUCACAUGUCUUAUUGCACCCCAUGUGGGUUUAGACUCUUGGCUUCAAAUUACCUCGGGAUCAAGGUUCACGUACUCUUUGAAGAGAUCGAAGACUUGGUCUGCACCGCCGAGGUAACUCCAGCUGAAGUCGCAGAGCAGCUGAUGAAGAGCGAGAAGCCCGAAGAUGCAUUGAGGGACGUGAUUGAGUUCAUGAAGGAGAAAAUCAAGGAAAAUGAGGAGCUCAAAGCCAAGAAGGCUGAGCAAGAAUUGUUAGCAGAGAAAGAGGAAAAAGUGGAGGUGCGAGAGGUUCCAAAUAUUAAUGUGGAGGAGGACAAAUAUGCAGAUGAUGAGGAAAAUUAAAAUCAAUUUAUAAGCUUUUUGUACUAUAAUUAUCUCGAAAAUUCAAAUAAUAAUCAUUGAGUCUUUCUUGCAGA